AAUUUAUAUAAUUCAUCCACUUAUUAUUUAUUUGGACAUGUCCACCGUCGCCAUCAUUCUUCCACCUCCUUUCCUUCAUACAAAAACAACACCAUCCUCCAUUUCUUUGGCGGCUAUUCUUCGUGGACGACCAUUUUCUCUCUCCUCCCCGCCACCAAUUCGCUCCUCUAUAUCCUCUGCCAUGGAAAAUGUGAGCAGUCCAAGUUUAUAUCCGUUGCACCAUUGCAAAAUUAUUCACCUGGUGAGGCAUGCACAAGGACUUCAUAAUAUAGAAGGCGAGAAGAAUUACAAGGCAUAUAUGAAACCUGAGUAUUUUGAUGCACCCCUGACUCCAUUAGGUUGGCAGCAGGUGGAUAAUUUACGUAAGCAUGUUCGUGACUGUGGCCUGUAUAAUAAAAUUGAGUUAGUCAUAACAUCCCCUUUGCUAAGGACUAUGCAAACAACAGUUGGUGUUUUUGGUGGUGAGGGCUAUACUGAUAGGAUGGACGUGAUGCCACUGAUGGUGGCAAAUGCUGGAAACAGUGACCGCUCUGCCAUUUCAAGCCUAAACAGCCCACCAAUCAUGGCUGUUGAGCUUUGUCGUGAGCAUUUGGGAGUUCAUCCUUGUGACAAGAGAAGAGAUGUUCAUGAAUAUCAGUGUCUUUUCCCCGCAAUUGACUUUUCACAAAUAGAAACGGAUGAAGAUACAUUGUGGAAGGCUGAUGUCCGGGAAACCAAAGCAGAAGUGGCAGCUAGGGGAAUGGAUUUCAUGAAUUGGUUGUUGACAAGGAAGGAGAAGGAAAUAGCUGUUGUAACUCAUAGUGGUUUUUUAUUGCAUACUCUGACUCGAUUUGGAGAUGACUGUCACCCUCUGAUGAAGGAUGAAAUUAGUAAACGCUUUAAAAAUUGUGAGCUUCGUUCAAUUGUCCUGGCCGAUAGGAAUUUGAUAGGGUCUGAUGCACCAGUCACCAAUUAUCCUGGCAAGAUACCAGACGGGCCGGAUCUUCCAAGUGAUGAAAAGGAAAACAAUCAUUCCUGAGUAAGAACAUUCAAUAGAUUUCGUCGAGUCUCAUCCAGCACUUAAGGGUUAUGAUGGCAUUUCAGUGGUAAAAUUUUGGGAAACUCAAGGUUUGCUAACACAAAAACAAUGGAAUUCAUACUGGAAAGUUCAAGGUUGCCUGUUUGAUGAUGACGAUAUCUUUUUUCUCAGACAUCAUUAGUUUGAGGCAUUCUGCAGCUAUCUCAGUUCUAUAAAUGACUGAAUUGAUCUUCCUCUCUCGUAGAACUGUAUUGGCAGACUCGUGUGUACAAAUUUUAUCGAAAAGCUCUUUGACUUCAACUUUAUCAUUUUCGAGUUGUUUAAGCCUUACUCUUAUGGUCAUAACACAAAUCACACUCUUACGGAGUUGCAGUUCUUUCUACUGCAUACUGUAUUUCUUUUUUUAUAAAUAUUAUCAUAUUAUGGCGUUUCACAUUA